GAUCGCACUGCCUUUCUGGUGCCAGCCGCCGAUCACUUGCGCACUGGAGCACCAUGGCCGACCGACUGCUGCGGCUCCUGCUCGUGCUGCAGCUCAUGGCGGCGGUGGCGACGGCGGCGGUCGCCUGCCUCUACACCUCGUACCCGCCCGACCUGCUCGUGUACACGGCCGACGCGGCCUGCCCGAUCGUCGGCCGGUCGUGCAUCAUCAACUCGACCGACUGCGCCGUUGUCAACAACAUCACGCUCGACCAAGAGACCAAGACGCUGCCCUUCUUCAACGCCGUCGGCGACCUCUCGUCGUCGACCAUUGUCAACAUGAAGAUUGGCAAUAAGACGUCGCUCGUCAUGAAGGACAUGAGGUUUCCGGCGUCGCUCAAGGCGCUCCAAAUCCAAAACAUCUCGCGUAUCGAUUUUACGCAGCUCAAGACGCAGUUCCCGUCGACGCUCGUGUCAUUAGGCGUCCUCGACUCCAACUUGGAGAUCUUUCCCGCCACGUUUCAAUGGCCCGACCACCUCCGAACCAUCACUUUGCGCAAAAACAAUUUGCAGACAAUUCCCAAGGGCCUGCCGUCCACAACCAUCAAUCUGGCCAUUCAGAACAAUACGCUCUCCGACUUCAACUACCUCCCGGCCAACCUCACGUUUUUGAACGUGCGGGACAACUUGUACACGCGCGUCGCCGACCAAGACUGGACCACGAUGCAAUACCUGCAACUGAGUUCGAACCCGAUCUCGUCCAUCGUCAACAUUCGGCUCUCGAAAUCGAUUGCAUUCUUCUCGUGCUUGGGCUGUGCGAUUCAGGAAUUCACCAUCAACAACGUGACGUACGAAGCGCUCAAUGCGCUGCAGAACGCCAACGAGACCGAGUCCAGCACGGUCGAGUCGACGGGCUUUCGCUUUGAUACCGGCUUCUCCGUGGACGCGGCCGCCUGCGCUGCGCUGAAAGGCUCGGUUCAACCGCUCUGGGCCGGCAAGUCUCCGCACACCUUUCAAGUCUGCGUCGUGCCCGACGCGCUGCCACCGCCGACGCCGAUUAUCGUGUCCAAAAAUGACACGGGGCUCAUCAUCGGAUGUGCCAUUGGCGGUGUCGCCGUCAUUGCGAUACUGCUCAUCGCGGUGCUCAUUCGCCGCAAGAAGACUGCAGCAGCCGACCUCCUCGCGUUCCAAAGUGAGAUCACGGGCGGCCGCAACCGCCGAGCAAACGGCACGGGGUUCCAAACCCUCGAGUCGUCGCUCGAGCUGGCCGAGAACGGGCUCAACGUCGAGGAGCUUCGCAUGCACAAGCUCGACCUCGCCGACCUCAAGGUCACGGCCACCAAGCCGUUGGCGUCUGGCGCCUUUGGCGAGGUCUGGCUCGGUCAUUACGGCAGCGAAAAGGUCGCGAUCAAGCGCCUCAAGGACACGCACGUCGAGUCGGUGCAAAAGUUUAUCGAAGAGAUCAAGCUCAUGAUCCAGAUGGACUCGCCGUUCAUUGUCAAGUUUGUCGGCGUCAGCUGGCGCCGUCCGAUCGAGAUCGAGUGCAUUGUCGAGUACAUGGACCUCGGCGACCUCCGGAGUAUUCUGGCGGCCCGCCGGCGUGAGCAGUUUUCGUGGAAGGACAAGUUUGCGUGUAUCAUGAGCAUCGCGCGCGGGCUUGUGUAUUUGCACACGUUUACGCAGCCCAUCAUCCACCGCGACCUCAAGUCCCGCAAUGUCCUCCUCGACUCGAAGAAGGGCACCAAAUUAACCGACUUUGGCGCGUCCCGCGAGGCGGCCGACGAAAUGAUGACCAACGGCAUUGGCACGUACCAGUGGAUGGCGCCCGAAGUCAUUCUCGGCACAGAGUAUACGAUCGCUGCCGACGUGUACUCGUUCGGCGUCCUUUUGUCCGAAUUCUCGACCCACGCCGUGCCCUACAGCGGCUUGGUCAACCCCAACACGGGCCAUGCGUAUCCACAGGAAAACAUCAUGUCGCGUGUGACCACCGGCGAGUUGCGCCCAAGCUUUCUUCUUGACGAGACGCCGUCGUGGGUGACGGAGCUCGGCGAGCAGUGCAUGGCGACCGACCCGCGCGGCCGGCCGACGUCGCUCCACCUCACGGCCGUGCUCCAGCGCGUCAAAGCCAAAUUUUAUUAGAUUCUAUCAACUUAUUUCAAUUCGAUUGCUCUUCUCACUUUACA